AUGACGCAAGGGAAAAACGGUACUAAGGCGGUAUUUCUCUUAGAUGAUGAGGUGCAUUUUAAGGGGGUGUGGAAGCUUCCAUGCGGCAGCUACACAGCUGAAAUCAGAGAUCCCAGCCAGAAGAGAAACAUCUGGCUUGGAACUUUUAAUUCUGGCGAGGAAGCUGCCAGGGCUUAUGAUACUGCAGCAAGGCUGUAUGGUGGCCACACGGCCAAAACUAAUUUUCCACCAGUAUCGAAGGAUGACACUCAAACCACCACCAGAGAUUUUCUUUGGAAAAUUAAUCAUAAUAAUGUCAUGAGUGAUCAUAUCCUCUCCAAUCAGAGCAGCGAUAUCGCAUCGUCUUCUAGAUCAGGUGGCGAUGCCGUGAGAUUUCCAUUGCUUAAUCAGAAUACUGAUGAAUUUCGUCGUUUUAUGACGGUUACAGGAACUUCUGUUGUGAUGUCGCCGGCAUGCGAUAAGGACUUAUUGGAGUCUUUAAUGAAAGCUGGAGUAAUACUUCCGGACCCGGGUAUGAGAGCUGGAUCAAUACUUCCGGACCCGAAGAUGAGCAGCCAAAAAGUGACUCUAGAUUUCAUGGGCGUCGGCACCGUUCAGCCUCCAACCACCGGUGCUGAGCUUCCAAAUCUUGAGCUCAGCCUUACACCACCAGGAAGCAUGUGA